AUGGAUUUGGGGGAUCCGCCGUCGCCGCCAGAGCUGCUCGAUCGGUCCGCGCCCGCGCAUGGCCUGAACGACAAUGAUCACGAUGACGACGAGGACGACGGCAUUCGUGGCACAGGCGGCGCUGGAGCGAACAACUGGAGCCUGUAUCAGCACGACGGCCAAGUCCAAGCACUGACCGUCAAUCCCACUCAGGCUGCUGCUGCUGCUGCUGCUGCUGCUGCUGCCGUCCACGGGCAGGGCAUUGCAGACUUCUACGAGCACUCGCUGGGCGUCGAGGUCGGCCCGUCGGUCGAUGCUGUCGACGCGCUGCUGGACGAAGACCAGCUCGAGCGCGAAAUGUCAGCUUCCGUCACAGGCCCGAUCUGGCUCGACCACGUCACUGGAAACGUUCAUCAGAACGGAAAUGGCGUUCCUCUGCUGGGUUCACGACUACACGCAGCGGCGCCGUGGGACGAUUUGCUGCAUGUCGAUGGAGCUGGGUUUCAUUCGGCUUCUUCUUCUGCUGCUGCUGCAGCUGCUGCUGCUGCUGGGGCUGCUGCUGCUGGCGCACAUCCAAACCAUCAUGAUGGACUACAGUUACCGCAUGGCCAUGCUGUACCUGUAACUCAAGGUCUCGACGCUUAUCUGAGCGGAUUUCCAUUCUCGCCCGAGAAAUCAGCCGAGGCCGCACAAGCGGACGCCGAGCGUAUGGGCCACCAGGAUACGGCAGAUACUUUCGAUCAGAUUCCUCAUGCUUAUCACGCUCUGAACAAGGCCUAUAUUCGGUUUGAAGUCACACCCAAUCCCGCUCGUAUGGCAGUCGCGCAGGGCACCGUUUUUCACGUUGGAGACGAUGUCUACUGUCAAAGCUCGGAACGCCAUUUGCCCUUCACUGUUGGACGUAUUGUCGACGUUCUUCCCACCACCUACCCCUUUGACCCAAGGCAGCCUUGUGAUCUUCGAGUGGCGUGGUACUACCGCAGAAUGGAGCUCCCUGGACCUGUUUUCAGAACUCCUGCUGGAGGCGAAAACCCGACCUUGGCGUACAACCAGCUGCGCGACCGCGAGCUCUUCUUGUCCACCUUUGUGACGCUUCUUAGCUCCGAGGCGGCCAUUUCCAAGUGCCGUGUUCAACACUUGUCGACCAUUUCUUCCAUUUCUGACUACUUGUCGCAGGAGGACACGUUUUUUUACUCGUACAUUCUGGAUCAUCGUUCACAGCUGCUGAGCUUGGCGCGGAUACCUGGCACCACAACUUAUCCUUUAGUGCCUUCGUCCUACCGGCGCAACUCGCUCAAGAGCCUUCCAUUCGAAGGGCCUGGCACGAUGCGCAUUAGUCCCGAGUACCAGAUCGAGCCUCCGCUCGUGCAAUUUGGACAGCAUGCUGCUGUUGCGCCGGCGGCUGCUGCUUCUUCCGAUGCAAACCCGCCCACACUCUUCCUGAAAGGUGAAUCGAAGCCCGCACAUUCAGACUAUGUCGAUUCGAGCGAGAUUAUGUUUGAUUUCCCCUGUCUCAUCUCCAAAACCUCGCCAAAAGCGACAGCAUCCAUGCUGCAAAAGUAUCUCACGGAUGCCCGGUCGCUCAUGACGUACGCGUGUUUGGCCGCGUUUGGUCUGGAUGUCGUGGCCUCCAACCGCGACAUGAAUGAACUAUUAGACUGGGCCAGUUCGAAUUCGGCCUUGAUUUACGCGCUGCAUACGUUGUACAAGCACGACUACACUCCUCGCCUGGCGCUCGAGGCGCUUGCGCGCGCACCUUUGCCACCAACCUUGCUGGGGACGGCCAUUGACGCCGACUUUUUCACCGUGCAAGAGCAGGACGGCAUUGCCGCGGAAAAUACUCCGCAAGCCCGGCCUGUGCCCUAUCCAAAGUACCACCAUGCCACAGACAGCCAUGCGUGGACCCGCAACGAUGUUCUGGCCUUUGAGCGCGGCUUUGCUGCACACGGCAAAAAGUUUCAUCUGAUUCGGUCUCACUUUUUGCCCCAUCGCAGCACCGGCGAGAUUGUCGCCAUCUACUACCGCUGGAAAGGAAGCUUGCGGUAUCGAGCGUGGAAGGCGCAAACCACGGCAGCGGCUGCUGCCAUCGCUGCUGCGAACAACGUGCUAGGGGGCACGAAAGGAGCAGAUCAGCGUGCAACAAUGUCGAUUGAGGCCGUUGUCGACCUCCGCCUUGAAGCCACCACUCCACGAUUGCCUCUCGGGUGGUUGCGCGAGCAAGUGCUCCACCCUUCAGCACCCAGGGAUGCCAGCGCGCCGAUUAUCAGCAUUUCGUCGGACAGCGCGCUCUCCGGCCCGCGUUCUCCUCGGUCUUUGCACAUUUUGUCGUCCUUGGGCGGCGGCAGCAGCAGCAGCGCUGGCAUGGACGUGGAGCGACAUCCCUACCCAUUGCCGCCUCCUAAAGUCUCUGCACCUGAAUCGCACCACCACCACAGCCACCACCUUCACCAUCACCGCCACCAUCAGCAUCACCAUUCGCAUCGCAGUACCGGCCACCACCGAUCUCACACCCACCACCAUUCACAGCUUUCGCCGCACCAGCAUUGUGAGCACUGCCAUACAACGCACUCGGUCACCUGGUACGAGGAUCCACGGCACCGAGCCCAUCCACUGUGUUCGGACUGUCGCAGCUUUUACAAGCGGUAUUCUGCGCUGCCGCCACCCUCUGGCUCCGUGUUCUCCUCAAUCCACAUGCACCACUAAGGGUGGCUGUCCUCUGUUUUUUUUUCCACGAGUCUACGACUCAACUGUGUGUGCGUUGUUGUUUUUUGCCAGUUUACAUGUUGAUUGCCUCUUGUUGAACGACGAGUCAAUGCUUUUCCUUAGCUCCA